AUGGCGUCUGGGCUUUUUGCUUCCUAUGAGGAGGACUUCAAUGAGAACUUGCAGCAGGUGCGGGAGGCAGUGGCGGCUCUGCAGGAGGCGUUAAAGCAAGACAGCAACUCCUAUGAGCCUCCACCCGCCACAGGCCCGCGGAGCCGCGCGCAUCAGUGCCAGGUGAUGCAGCAGGGUCUGGUAAACAUGCGUGAGCUUGUCACAAGUAUGCUGUAUGAGAGCAAUGACGUGGAAGCGGGCGAGGCACGAAAUGAGACGAGGAGACGUGUAGAGGAUUACAAGAAGAUGGUCACCGUUCUCGAGGAGGAGUUGUGUAGGCUGCGGCGGGAGUCGCAGGAUGCGGACAGGAUGGACCUCAUAACAGGCGGCAAUGACACGCUGGAUGACGCUACCCGGGAGGUCCGUGUCCGUGCGCUUGACAACACAGAAAAGCUGCGUCAAGGUACCACGGCGUUGGAACGGGCCGAGCGGACUCUGCACGAGGCAGGCGACCUGGGAACCUCGACUUUCUCAACUCUUCGCACCCAGACGGAAACGAUGCGGAACUUCCACUCGACCAUUUACAACGUCGAUGCGGAACUUUUGGAGUCACGCAGAAUUGUUAAUCAAAUGCAGCGCACGGCGACGAAGAAAAGACUGUGUCUUAUGGGCAUCAUUGCAGCCCUGACAUGCUGCCUUGUGGGGAUGAUUUUUAUACGCUAG